AACCCUUGGGUUCUGCAGGUGGAAUGAGAUGUGUUGUCUAGACGCGUUGUCUUGAUCGUUGAGUAACCCGAGGAAUCUCCAGGAUGUAAAAAAAUGAAAGACAAUGAAGUUCAAGAGAUAAAAUGCUUCAUUUUGUUUGAGAAUUUAUUGGUGAUUGGUAUAAGUGCUUUUCCUCAUUUAAACUCGAUCAUCCAUAGAGAAUCAUCACCAUGACUUAACAACGAAGCCCGCUCAAAUCUGAGUAGCAGCGGCGGAGAUCUUCCUUCUCCAUGCAUGUUGCGUUGAGCUUCCGGUGAGACAUAUUAACCGAACAGAAUUCAGAACCCCAGUUUCUUUAAUUAGUUCUAUAGAUAGAAAAGAGUAGAAAAAAAAGAUACACAACAAUCUAUGAACUGAGAUCUACUCCGAACAAAGAAAAUUUUACUAUCCAUAUGAAACAAGAUGAUUCAGAUGAAGAACAAAAUAUAUUUUACAAACUGAUAGGAGAUCAGAGUAAAAGAAAAAAACAAUGCUUUCACUUUAUGAAAAAUACAUAGAAUUGAGAGAAAGAAAAGAAACCCCAAAUCACUCGAUGACGACAAAAUAAUGAGAGAAACCCCAAAUAUAAUUUAACACAUAUCUUUACAAAUCUUUUUAUUAUCCUUUUAAUUUAUUUCCAAAUCUUUUGCAAAUCUAAAGAAAUCAUGUCUGUCAGUUAGUUAUUGUAUGUACCCUACCACAGAAAAAUCGAUUGAAUAAUCACUAAGGACACUAUCGUCAUUAAACUCCAUCCACCAACCUUAUGUUUUAAUGUUUUUGGUAGAUACUUAAUUUCACACUCUUCCUUUGUUUUCUACCAAAUUAGCUCAAAAUAUUUUUUAAAAUUAUAUAAUUUUAAAUACAAAUUUAUAAUUUAUAUUAUUUUUAUCAAAAAUAAUUAAUAUAUAAUAAAAAUAAUUAUUUUAUUAUAUUUAAUAUUAUCCGCGGAUCCCCAUGGAUUCAUUGUUUAAAAAAGAUACUAAGUCCAUGAUUAUCACCGGGAUCUUAGGUGGGUUGUUAGGGGAUUUAAGAAUUAAAAAAAAGAAAAAUAACAAUUAACUUAAGCAACGUAGGGCACAAGAUACGCUUCUUAGAAACACGUGUCGCGUUGAGAAUGGAGAAAAAAAAAUCAGUUUCAAGUCACGAAGAAAACCAUCUGUUGCUUUCCUCCACGACGAAGAAAAUCGUCGGCUUCGUCGAUGGCUCCACUCGAAGCAAAUCGUCGAUGGCUUUCCUCGGUGGCUAUCCUCGACGAAGCAAAUCGUCGACUUUUCCGGAGUUCCAGUCGACGCCGUCCGGUUUGAGAUGUGACUGCUGCGAGAUCACCGGCGUGGAUGCCAAGAUGAAAGGUUCUCAUUACCCCUCAUCCCACCACCACCACCAACGAGUUCACCAUGGCUUCUAUAGUGCUUACCACAAUUCAACGGUUAGGCCUGCACCAACGAAACAAGCGGGAGGAUCAAGUCUGUGAGGAGGAAGAAGAAAGUGAGUCACAGUGUUUGUUGCCUCCUCCUAGGAAAGGAGGGAUGUCGAGGAGUACUGACAAGAUUAAGAGGACUGUGCAGUGGACUGAUAACAAAGGAGACAAUCUUGCUGAGGUUUUAGUUUAUGAACCAAGUGAAGUAAGCGAUUCAGAUGCUUGCAUCUGCACCAUUAUCAACCAGUAUUUGUGAGAGGAUAAGCGAAUGGACAUCACCAAUCACGAAAUUUCAGAUUUUUUUGCUCAGGACUUCUGACAAGAAGCCAGUCCAAAAGAGGGAUUGUCACAUAUCAGUUACAGGAGUGAGAGAGUAUAUAAAUUAUAGAUUACUGCUGUAUUGAUCAAUAGAGGCUGAUCCAAAUGGUAACAUAUUGACAGUUCCUUGAAGACUCUAUACAAAACUGAAUUUUUUUUUUU